AUGUUAAUGUCGACCGACGUAGCAUCCAUCAUGUUACCCGUAACCCGGGGAGUAAUGGACCGGGAAAGGGACUUAGACCCAAUGGCAGGAGUACAUUCGAACUCGUCCGGGGGUUCAUCUACAGUCCGUGGGAUGAAACGUGGAGAUCCCGAACCAGACGCACAGACAGCGGCAGCACUGACUGACUCAACUGGGGCUGAGUGCAAACGUCCACGCAUUGAUGGGGGAGUAGGAGAAAUUGGCCAGAAUAAUGAACCGCUGACCAUGGGUUUCCAUGGAUACCCAACACCCAGUCAGGGCACUCAGGAUUCGAUGGGGGGUCAGGAGGGGUUGGUCCCUCCUCCCUUUUCUGCCUUUCCUCCACCUCCCCCACCUCCCCCACAGAACGGCCUGGCUCUGGAGUACGGGGGUGGUAUGUACCCUUCGGCCGGGCAGGGGCAAGCGGAAGCUGCAGCUGGUAUCAGUAGCUCCACCACUACCCCCAACAGUCUGAACACGCAACUAUCAGACGGAACUCCUCAAACAGAGGGCCAGUGUGGUUCUGUGGGGGGCUCUGGACUCGGCGGUGGGGAAGACCCCACAGAAGGCAAAGGAACCCCGAAACGUCUCCAUGUCUCCAACAUCCCCUUCCGCUUCCGUGACCCUGACCUCCGGCAGAUGUUCGGGCAAUUUGGAAAAAUUCUGGACGUAGAGAUCAUUUUCAACGAGAGAGGCUCCAAGGGCUUCGGCUUCGUGACGUUUGAAAACAGCGCGGACGCCGAGAAAGCCAGAGAGAGACUCAACGGGACGAUAGUGGAAGGCAGAAAGAUCGAGAACUUGCCUUUAAUGGGGGGGGGUCAGGUGAACAAUGCCACAGCCAGGGUCAUGACUAACAAAAAGCUGGUUAGCCCUUACGCUAACGGCGAAGGACUCACUGCUCUGCCUUACGCUGGGUGGAAGCUGAGUCCAAUGGUAGGGGCCAUGUAUGGACCAGAGCUCUACGCAGUGCCUGGUUUCCCGUACCCGACGGCAGCGGCAGCAGCAGCGGCAGCCUCCACUGCUGCCACGUUCAGAGGAGCCCAUCUGAGAGGGCGGGGCCGUCCUGUAUACAGUACCGUACGGGCUGCUGUACCACAGCCUGCCAUACCAGCCUACCCUGGUGUGGUGUAUCAGGACGGCUUUUAUGGAGCAGCAGACCUUUAUGGCGGUUAUGCAGCGUAUCGCUACGCCCAGCCGACGGCGGUAGCGAGUCCCACGGCGGCGGCGGCAGCAGCAGCCGCGGCAGCCUACAGUGACAGCUAUGGUCGAGUGUACACAGCAGACCCAUACCAUGCUGCAGCAUUAACCCCAGCUGCAGCAGCUGCCUAUGGAGUGGGAGCUAUGGCUACCAUCUACAGGGGAGGCUACAGCAGGUUUUCCCCUUACUAA